AUGAAUUCAGAAAACCUAGUAGGGAAUCAGUCGUUUGCAACACACACAACCGACAGUGUUGAUGCAAAUGUUUCUUCAGAAUCAACAUUUGAAUCUGAAGGAGUAAAUGAGGACACUAUGAAUGUUGCAUGUGAUGAAUAUGAUAUUAUGGGGAAGCUUUUCAAUACACCUAAGGAUGCAUAUACAUUUUAUAACCAAUAUGCCUUUCUUCAUGGAUUCGGUAUACGUGUUCAUUGGAGCUUUAAAAAUAAGACCACAAAUGAGCCUUAUCGGAAGACCUAUGUGUGUAAUAAACAAGGCUUUAAAAGUUUGAAGGGCAAUAGUUUAUGUGGGGUGGCUAAGAAACGUCUUAGAAAUUUGAGGACCGGAUGCAAAGCAAUGCUCCGAAUAUCAAAAGGAAAAGAUGGGCAAUGGUUUGUGGAUGUGUUUAAUGACACACACAAUCACAGUUUGAGUACAACUCCUACCAAAGUAAUGAAACAUCGUUCUCAUGGGAAGAUCCACCGCUCAAUGGCUUGUAAGUCUCUUAUGGUGGAACUAGGUCAAUCGGGGUUGAGGCCUUGUCAAAUUAAAAAGGCUAUCAAUGCAAUGAAAACUUCAUAUGAUGUCGAUGUUACCUCAAAGCAAUGUGCCGAUGUUUUAUCUGAGCAACGCAAACAAUAUAAAGGUAAAGAGUUUUAUGGGCUGAUCAAACAUUUCCAAGAUAAAACAUUAGUUGAUAGUAACCAGUAUUUUGCCGUGGAUUUGUUUGAAGAUGGGUCUCCUAAAAAUGUUUUUUGGGCUGAUGGAAGAUCACGAGAGGCAUAUACUAAAUUUAGGGACGUUGCUGUGUUUGACGUCACAUACAUGACAAAUAAGUUUAAGAUGCCAUUUGCUCCGUUUGUUGGUGUGAAUCAUCAUGGCCAAUCUAUAUUGUUUGGUGGUGCAUUGCUAGAAAAUGAAAAAGAAGAAACUUUUCGAUGGCUAUUUGAGCAUUUUUUAAUUUGUAUGUUUAGAAAGUAUCCAGUGGCAAUGAUAACAGACCAGGAUAAAGCUAUGGGUAAUGCAAUCAAGAAAGUUUUUCCAAACACUCGCCAUCGUUUCUGUGCAUGGCACAUUAAGAAGCAUGAAUUGGAACAUCUGCGACCACUUGUAGCCCGUUAUAGUGAUUUUAAAGAGGCUUAUAUACAAUGGGUAAAGAGUGAUACAAUUGAAGAAUUUGAAACCAAUUGGGAAGUUAUUCGCGGUAAGUAUAACAUCGAAAGUAACAGUUGGAUAAACGAUAUGUAUAACCAACGAAUACAUUGGGCCAAAGCUUUCUUGAAAGAUGUUUUCUUUGCUGGCAUGACUACAAGUGGAAGAAGCGAGAGCAUUCAUUCAUUUUUUGAUGGAUUUGUUAAUUCCAAGACCAUGUUGAAUGAAUUUGUACUCCAAUAUGAUAAAGCAGUUGACUCUCGAAGGGCUGCCGAAGAAGAUGAAGACUUUAAGACCAUGAACUCCAGUCCAAUCCUUUCUUCUGUUCACCCGAUAGAAGCAAAAGUAGGUCACUUUUAUACGAGAAAAAUGUUUGAGGUUUUCAAAAAAGAAUGGAUAGAAGCUAACUGUAACUUAACUCAUGAGACUUUAAGUAAAACCACAAAAGAAAUCAAAUAUAGGGUUGGCCAGCUUAAUAUUGAUAAAAGACAUUGGAGAAUUAAUAUCUUUCGUUUUAUGGAUCAUGUGAAUGUCACGUGUUCAUGUGCUAAGUAUGAAACAUAUGGGAUAUUAUGCAAGCAUAGCCUUUACGUGAUGAAGAAAAGACAUGUUGAAAACCUUCCUGAUCACUAUAUUUUACCCAGGUGGACACUUAGUGUUAGGUAUAAGGUGGGUAAUGGCAACAUUGGACUAGAAGAAAUGAAUUGUGAAAAUGGAGUUAGUGCCUUAACUUUAUGA